AUGGAUAUCGUAGAGUAUCAGGAUGUCAAGUUUAACGGAACGAAUGAACAUCAAUCGAUUUACAAAGGAGAGCCUAAUCCGGACCUUGACAACGCUUGGGAUGCACUAGUCUUUGGAACGAAACUGACGGCAGUUUCCGCAGAGGCAGUGGAGAAACUGGGAAAAUCCGUGCAGCCUUCUCUCGUCAAGUUUAUGGAUGAAGAUGGCGGCGGGUACAUGACCACGAUGGAAGUCACGCAUCAGCUCCAUUGUCUGAACUUGCUACGCAAGUCAACCUACUACGACUAUUACAAGUCGAUGGCAGACCCCUUACUCCGCAGUUCACCAGAUCAGUACCGCUUGCAUUUGAACCAUUGCAUAGACAUACUGCGACAGCAGCUCAUGUGCACAGCGGAUGCUGGGCUAAUCACCUAUCAAUGGGUCAAAGGCUACGAACGGCCCUAUCCGGACUUCAGUACUUGGCACAAAUGCAGAGCUAUCGAUAAGCUCUGGGAAUGGAACGAGGAGCAUGCGGUCCACGUUCCUUGGAGCCGCAUCAAGAGGGUCGAACAAGGGAUGGACUUGGAGGAGGCUCCAUAG